CAGAGGGGAGGGGAGCCCGAGCGGCGGCGCCUUCCCCCCGGAGAAGAGCGAAGUUAAAUAGGCAGCGCUCCUUCGCCGCCUUCCUCUCUCCCCUCCCGGCUCGCAGCCUCGGGCGAGCCCCCCGCUCCCCGCCCACCGUGCCGGGGCCGCGGUGCGGAGCCGGGACACGCCGCUCGCCUCUCGGUGCCUGCAGGCGCCGCGUCCCGCCGAGCCGCCCGCCUGAGAGGAGCCAAGCCAGCUGCAUGGGAGGAGAUGAGCGUGGCGGGGAAGCAGCCGCCUCCAGCACCGCUUGAGCGCCCCGGCAGCCUCCUCGUCCCCACCUGGACUAAAACUGGUAUUGCUUUGUUGUAUGACGAAGUAUCUGAAAAUGCUUAUGACAUCCGACUGAAGCUCACGAAAGAGGUAUUAACAAUUCAAAAACAAGAUGUCGUCUGUGUUAGUGGAAGUGAUCACAGUGCAAAUCACAGAACUGUUACACUUCGUAGACAACCAGUUGGUGGCUUGGGCUUAAGCAUAAAGGGUGGUGCUGAGCACAAAGUGCCUGUCGUCAUAUCAAAAAUGUUUAAAGACCAAGCAGCUGACCAAACAGGAAUGUUAUUUAUAGGAGAUGCAAUAAUGCAGGUUAAUGGUAUUAAUGUAGAAAGUGCUACCCAUGAAGAAGUGGUACACCUACUGCGAAAUGCUGGCGAUGAAGUUACCAUCACUGUUCAGUACCUCAGGGAAGCUCCAUCAUUUUUAAAGCUCCCAUUAGGUUCCCCUGGACCAUCCAGUGAUCACAGCAGUGGAGCUUCAUCACCUCUCUUUGACAGUGGCUUACAUUUAAAUGGAAACUCAAUUAACACUGCUCCAUCAUCACCUUCUUCACCCAUAGCUAAUGAACCAAAAUAUGAGAAGCGCUGGCUAGACACCUUAUCAGUUCCUCUGUCAAUGGCUCGAAUCUCGAGGUACAAAGCUGGAACAGAUAAAUUAAGAUCUAAUGCAUUUGAAGUGCUGGCACUCGAUGGAGUUAGUACUGGGAUACUUCAGUUUUAUACAGCCCAGGAGAGUGCUGACUGGCUGAGAGCAAUAUCAACUAACAUCAGUGAUUUGACACUUCAAAAUGUCAUACAUAUGGGAUGGGUACAUGAGAGACUUGAAGGAACUGAUUCAUCUCAGCUCUACAAAUUCAAGUUUCUGGCACUGAAGGGUUCAUCAUUCUACAUUUUCAGUACUCCACCGGUAAGCACACUAGACUGGGUACGAGCUGAAAAAAUCUAUAACCUCUGUGAGGUUCUAUUUAAAAUCCACAAGAUGAAGAAUCACAUACUGAAACAUGUCUUUCAGCUCUGGCUUGCAGAUGAUUGCUGGCUACAAGCAAACUUGUAUUUAGGUAUUCAUCAGGACUUUGAUCUUGAAGACCACAGGCCAUAUUGUUUCAGUGUUAUGGUUGGACAUGGCAAGAGUCAUUAUUUCAAUGUAGAGCUAUGCAGCGAGUUGGCAGUGUGGGAGAAAUCAUUUCAAAGAGCAAUUUUCUUGGAAGUUCAAAGAACUGGGUCUAAAACGUAUAUGUGCAGUUGGCAAGGGGAUACCCUAUGUUUCACCAUCGACUUUGCUCUGGGAUUUACCUGUUUUGACAGUAAAACAAAGAACGUUCUGUGGAGGUUUAAAUUCUCUCAGCUCAAAGGCUCUUCAGAUGAUGGGAAAACGAGAGUAAAGCUACUUUUUCAGAAUCUAGACACCAAACAAAUUGAGACAAAGGAACUUGAAUUUCAGGAUUUGACGGCAGUAUUACACUGUAUUCACUCCUUUAUAGCAGCAAAAGUGGCAUCUGUGGAUCCAGUAUUCAUAGACAGCCAGAGCAUUGCAAGAAAAUAUAUGUACAGUAACUGAUAUAAGAUUAUAUGUUGUGAUUAUGGAAAAUAAAUUAUUUUCUUAAAGAAAGUAGUUAUUUCAUGCACAAUAUUGCAACUUUGUGAUUUUCUAAGAAGUCUAUAGUUGUGUUAUCUGUAACGUUAACAGUUUUCACAAUCUGUUCAAAAUUUUGAAUCUAUGAGUUAACAAAUAUUAAGUCAAACUGAAUCAGUUUGUUGUUUUCAGCAUUAUUGUAAAAUUCUGAGCAAAUAUUCAUUCAAUAACAUUUGUGGUGUCAUUUUGAUUUCUGUUCUUAUGGUCUUACAUAAACCUCCUUAUCAGAUAAAAACAUGGAAUAACGUUUGAAAAGUGUGUGUCCAAAGGUUGGCCUCUUAAGUGCAUUUUGUAAAUUCCUGGGUACACAGACAAUUUUUGCAGCCCUCACUGUAGAAAAGAACUAAUUAUUCUAGAAAACUACAAUAAGAAUUGAUCUUUCAUCUUGCUUUGGUGUGUUUGAAACGUAUAAUUCUUUCGUCCAGUUCUUUGGAGGCCUGAGAGUUAGC